AGUAUUCACACUAUAAUGACAUCCGAGAGGAAGUGAGAACUAGUGUAAGCUAAUACAGCCAGUGCAGCAAUAGAAAACAGAUCCUUAUUAUGGACACCGUUUAAAGCGAGAUAAGGAUUCCAGCUCUAAAUUUAAGUUCCGAGAAAAACCAUUUUUAAUCAUCAUUAUUUUUGCCGAAGUAAAAACUCAUCGAAUUUCACCUCUGGCCGAGAAAAAUAAUCAAUCUCGCUAAAGAUUGGCCGUUCACAAAGGACCCGACGAUGCGGCUGACGGUCGCGUGUUUGUCAUUGCUUCACGGAUUCCUCGGUGUCGUUGCGACGCUCGAGAAUCUACCGCAGCAGAAUCUCUCGCUGGAAAUGUUUAUGAAAAUGUUGUGGUCGAACAAGGAGCCUUCGGUCGUCGUUGAUAAUCCCGACGUCGUUCUCAACACGCUGGAAAUGAUAAGAAAAGAAGGCUACCCUGCAGAGGCUCACGUUAUACCGACGGAAGACGGCUAUCUCUUAACAUUGCAUCGCAUCCCAGGUGAUAAGGAUUCCCCAACUGUCUUUUUGCAGCACGGUUUAUUAGGCAGCUCUGUCGAUUGGGUUAUCCCCGGCAAGGAUAAAGGACUCGCUUAUAUAUUAGCCGACCAGGGAUAUGAUGUAUGGUUGGGCAAUUUUCGUGGCAAUACCUAUUCGAGAGCACACAUUAAUUUGCCGACAUCGGACUCGAGGUUUUGGAAUUUCAGCUAUCACGAAAUGGGCAUCUAUGAUAUACCCGCAGCGAUCUCGUACAUUACGAAUAUGAGAUUUCAACCGUUACACGCGUACAUCGGCCACUCGAUGGGCACAACAGCUUUUUACGUUAUGGCAACAGAAUGUCCGCAAAUCACGGAAAUGGUAGAAGUGAUGAUUAGCCUCGCACCAGUGGCUUUUAUACAACAUAUAAAAAGCCCGGUGCGAAUUCUCGCACCUUUCAGUAAGGACUACGAGAUAAUCGCACACUUUUUGGGCGAGGAUCAAUUUCUGCCGCAGAACGAGUUUCUGCGCCUUUUGUCGAAGUUCGCCUGCGACAUUGACAUUUUCGAGGAGAAGAUCUGCGCCAACGUGUUGUUUCUGAUCUGCGGUUUCGACAAGGAACAAUUCAAUUACACUUUAUUGCCGACGAUCCUGAAUCACACUCCUGCUGGCACAUCCACCAAGACGUUCGUUCACCUGAGCCAGGGGAUUCUGUCAGGCAAGUUUCGCCCGUACGACUACGGCGGUCAGAAGAACCAGGAGAUCUACAACGCCACGCAGCCGCCGGACUAUGAUUUCACGAAUGUCACCGUACCGAUCGCGUUAUUUUACUCCGACAAUGACUGGUUCGUCGACAACUCGGACGUGAAGAGGCUUUACGGUAUGCUGGAUAAUGUAGUAGACGUGUACAGAGUGCCGUAUCCCAAGUUCAAUCACUUGGACUUCAUAUGGGGCAAGGACGCUCCCCAGCUUGUUUACAAGAGACUGCUACAAGUCAUCUCGAAAUCUUACUUUGAUGGAUACGAGAAAAUCCGAACAUCGCUCUGAAUUACGUGAAAACAAUAUUUCUGAUAGCGUAUGCAAAUAAUUAAGGUUAAAUGUUAAUUAUAGAAAACCAGGUGCGUGUAUGUUUUUUGCAUAAAUAAAACCUUUUCAUCGUA